UUGAGAUCAUUUCAAUGGCUGCCACUCCUGGACUUCUCACAGAUUGGCCAUGGAAACCACUUGGAAGCUUUAAGUACAUGAUAUUGGUACCAUGGGUGGUGAAGAGCAUCUAUCAUUUUGUGACAGUUGAAAAGAAAGAUACCAUGUUCAUCUUCAUAUUUCCCUUUCUUUUGACGAGAUUUAUUGGCAAUCAGAUCUGGAUUUCUCUCAAUCGGUAUAUAACAGCGAAAGGUAAAAACCGGAUUGUUAACAAGACCAUUGAAUUCGAGCAAGUCGAUCGUGAAAGAGACUGGGACGACCAAAUAAUAUUCAAUGGGUUGUUAUUCUACGUGGGAAAUUACUUUCUUGAAGGGGCUAAAUACCUGCCAUGGUGGAGGUCAGAUGGGGUCAUUAUCGUAAUUUUAUUGCAUGUUGGAGUGGUAGAGUUCCUUUACUAUUGGCUUCAUAGAGCUCUCCACCACCAUUUUCUCUACAACCAAUACCAUUCCCACCACCAUUCCUCCGUUGUGACCGAGCCCAUAACCUCUGUGACUCAUCCCUUUGCGGAGCACAUUGCGUAUUUUGCAUUGUUUGCAAUCCCGUUGAUGACCGUAGUCCUUAGCGGGACUGCAUCAAUUGCAGCAAUGAGUGGUUAUAUUACUUACAUUGAUAUAAUGAACAACAUGGGCCACUGCAACUUUGAGUUCAUACCCAAAUCAGUUUUCACUAUCUUCCCUCCUCUCAAGUACAUCAUCUAUACCCCAUCGUACCACUCAUUGCACCAUACUCAAUUUCGCACAAACUACUCGCUUUUCAUGCCAUUUUAUGACUAUAUGUAUGGUACGAUGGACAAAUCUACAGACACAUUGCACGAGAAUUCACUAUGCCAGAAAGAAGAGUCACCAGAUGUCGUGCAUUUAACACAUCUAACAACACCAGACUCCAUCUAUCACAUGAGGCUUGGAUUUGCCUCUUUAGCCUCUAAACCACACACUUCUAAUUCAAAAUGGUACUUAUGGAUUCUAUGGCCCAUUACACUUUGGUCCAUAUUGAUCACUCGAAUUUAUGGCAAAACGUUUGUAGUCGAAAGAAACGUCUUCAAAAGUCUAAACCUACAAACUUGGGCUAUACCAAAAUACAUGAUACAAUACCAUAUUGAUCGGCAAAGAAAAAACAUCAAUGACUUUAUUGAAGAAGCUAUUGUAGAUGCUGAUGUAAAGAAUGUGCAAGUAUUGAGCCUCGGUCUACUUAAUCAGGGGGAGAAACUGAACAGAAAUGGAGAGUUAUUCAUAAGGAGAAAUCCAAGGGUAAAUGUGAAGCUAGUGGAUGGAAGUAGUUUAGUAAUUGCAGUGGUGUUAAACAACAUUCCAAGGGGCACCACUCAAGUUGUGUUUAGAGGCAACUUCAACAAGGUUGCUGCCUACCUUGCCCUUACACUAUGCCAAAAGGGCAUCCAGGUUGCAAUAUCUCAAGAAGACGAUCAUGUGAUGUUGAAAUCCAAGCUCAAAUCAACUAAUGGCCAUGAUAAGCUGGUGAUUUCAAAGACUUACUCUCAAAAGACAUGGUUGGUGGGAGACGGACUUAGCGAAGAAGAACAACUAAAGGCAUCAAAAGGAACUCAUAUCAUUCCAUAUUCUCAAUUCCCUCCGAAGAAAGUGCGCAAAGAUUGCUUUUACUAUACCACACCAUCAAUGUUAGCUCCCAAGCACCUUCAGAAUGUUGAUUCGUGUGAGAAUUGGUUACCAAGAAGGGUGAUGAGUGCAUGGAGAAUUGCAGGGAUAGUUCAUGGGAUAGAAAGAUGGAACGUGAACGAGUGUGGGAAUGAAAUCUUCAACAUCGACAAAGUAUGGGAAGCAAGUCUCCGACAUGGAUUUACUCCACUUAUGAAAUCUUUCACUUAAGCUGCAAGUGUUCGUACCAAAGGGUAUCUGUUACACCCUUGUAAGUGAUUAUGAUUAAGAAAUAAUGUUACUAGCUGAGUGUGUGUUUUUAUUUUUAUGAUUUUAUGGCUUCCUAGCUGUUCUCUAUUUUGGGAAGAAACAAUCUAUGAUAUGAUGUUAAAAUUUUAAGAAAGCCAAGACACAUUUCUUUUGUUUAA